AUGACGAUUCCCCAAGAUACUCACAAAGACGAGCUCCGGAACCUUGCCGCUAAAAUUCAGCAUGCUGUUGAAAACUAUACACAAGGCAAAGAUAAGAACUCGAGUGAUGUUAUUAAGCUAUGUCAAGAUCUGCAGCAUCGUAGCGAGUCUCCAGAAGUCUUUACCGAGCGCCUCACAGAUAUCAGUCGUGGCGAUGAGACCACUGCAGAUCAGCUGGCUGAAUUGACCGAUCGUCCAAAGCUUCACAUUGCCCGCGUGCUGCGGCUCCUCACAGCAAUCGGAGUGUGCGACGAAGUUGGGUUCCAGAAAUACCGUGCAAAUGAUAAGACACCCGUGGUAGCGAGCAAGGGUCAGAUAGGGGGGUUCAGGGUCUGUUCUAUACCUGCCAGCGCAAUCACAACAAACAUCGCUGGAUAUUUCUCCAAAUAUCCCAACGAAACUACAGCCGAAGGUGCCCCCAUAUCCGCAUACAAAUACACCUACGGAAAGGACAUGUAUGACGUCCUGCGUGGGAAUAAGGACCGCAAAGCAGAUUUCGAUGCUUACAUGGAAGCACGUAAAAAGGACAAACAGCGACGCUGGCACCACGUUUACCCGGUCAUGUCGGAGCUAUCCUCAACCAGCGAUGUUUCUGCAACUACCAUGUUGGCGGAAGCCGUGGUCAUGAUCUCGAGAGCUUUCUUGAGAGCAACCCUGAGUUUAAUUGCAAUCUCAUUCUACAAGACUUGCCUGAGACAGUUGAACCUAUAA